AUGGCGAUAUUCACCAUCAUUCUGCUUGUGAGCACAGCUUUUGCUCUGGGAGAUGCUAUGACACGACCCAAGACCCCAUGUGAGGUUGCUAGACGUGCCGCUUUAAAUGGCUCAAUUGGAGCCUACGUUCCCACAUGUGACGGCAAUGGACAAUACACCCCAGAGCAAUGUUGGGGCUCUACAGGUUACUGUUGGUGUGUGACCAGUACCGGACAGAAGAUCCCGGGUACUGAGACUCCACCAGGCACUGCUAUCAACUGCUAG